AUGGCAAUUCUCAGAGAACGAUCAAACAUUGCUGUGCCACGGGUAUUUGGAUACGAGACAAACGACAGUAAUCCAGUUGGAGUCGCAUUCAUCCUGAUGGAGUUCCUUCCUGGGAAUGUCGCCAUGGACGUUGAUGGUGGUUAUGAAACUCAUAACGGCGAGAUUCCUCCUCAACACAAGACGACCUUUUACAACGAGGUGGCCCAGAUUCAGGUAGAGAUGGCAUCGGUACGCUUGUCAAGGAUAGGGACUAUUAUCAAGUGCACAGAUGGCAGCUACGAUAUUGGCCCAUUGCCGGAUUUAGGUGGACCGUUUGACACUGAAACAGCCUUCUUCGAGGCCUGGGCAGCCAAAGCCAAAUUCCCGAAAUCAAGCGAUAUAAUUCGGAAGAGCAUGAAUAAUGGGCUAGUGAACGAGGUGCUUUCGUCGAUCUCAGAAUUCCCUCGCAGGAUGAAGGCAGUAGCCAGUCGACUUUCUUCCUGCGAUAAUGGACCGUUUCCCCUCUGGCAUCCGGAUUUUCUUCAUAGCAAUAUUAUUGUCGACGAGAGUUACAAGAUACUUGGUGUCAUCGACUGGGAAGGUGCGUGUACUGUACCUUGA